UUUUUCAUUCAAAUUUCCACUACUUUUACUAGCGGUGGGCGAUUUCUACCCAAAAGUAAUUGAUUGAUAAAACUUUAAACAUAAUUAAGGGUAAUUUUACUUUUUUCUCCAGCACUAAACACAUGAAUCAUUUAUCUUAUCUAUAAUAAAUAACUAACAUUAAAUGCACAUAAUUUUUGCUUAACCUCUGGAUCUCUAACUUAUCUUUAUUAAUAUGGCUGUUGCUUUCAACUGGGAAACUGCUUUAUACAUUGGUAUAGCUAUUUUGGCUCACAUUUUCGUGUAUUUAUUUGUUACACGUAAACGUGCCAAGAGUAUUGUGGGUAAACAUGUUGUCAUAACAGGAGGCAGUCGUGGCAUAGGGCUAUGUUUGGCUGUGGAAUGUGCCCUAAAGGGUGCCAACGUUACGGUGAUAGCACGCGAUGAAAAAAUGUUAAAGGGUGCCGUUUCCCUUAUGGGUGUUAUACGCCAAAGACCCGAACAAAAAUUCCAAUAUCGUUGCUUGGACUUGUCAUCGAGUUAUGAUAAUGUUGCCAAGUGUUUGGCCGAAAUUGAAGAGGAAUUUGACGAUAUUUAUAUGCUAAUCAAUUGUGCCGGUCUCGCUAUAUGUGGUGUUUUCGAAGAAGUCUCCGUUGCGGAUGCCCGCAAACUAAUGGAUGUUAACUAUUGGGGUACCUACAAUUGUACUCGCUAUGUUUUACACAAAAUGAAGAGAAGUGGUGAGGGUAUUAUUGUGGUGACCGCAUCUCAGGCUGCCUUAUUUGGUAUUUAUGGUUAUGGACCAUAUGCUGCUUCCAAAUUUGCUUUACGUGGGCUAGCUGAAACUGUUGCCAUGGAAUCAAGGCAUUUAGGUGUUUCUGUUACUUUGGCUCUACCAGCUGAUACAAAUACACCGGGAUUUGAGAAUGAGGAAAAGACUAAACCAAAGGAAACAAAAAUUAUUUCGGGUAGCGGUGGCUUAGCGCAACCCGAUAAUGUGGCGAAACAGAUACUUAAUGAUGCUUUGAAAGGCAAUUUUAUAUCCAUACUGGGAGCUGAAUCUUGGUUACUUACCCUGCUCGGCGGUGGUCUCUUCCGUUGGGGUGGAUUUUUUCAAAAUUUGUUCCAUGCUCUGUUCUUGGGUCCUUUGCGUAUAAUUGGGUGUUUAUUGCAUUUACACUUUGAACGUAUUAUUGAAAACUGUGCCAAGGAAAAAACUGCCUAAAGAAAUUAAAACUUAAACCAAACAUAAAAUUCCAGUAACUUAUUUUGAAAAAAUAAUAUGCAAAACUAUAUUUUUUAAAUAUUUAUUACAAACUAUGAUAAACUAGUAAAGUUAUAAGAAAACAUUUCAUUUUUAUAUACAUAGUAACAUUUUUCAUCUAAACAUUAUUUUCGUUACAUUUCUCUCUACCAAAAAGCACAAAGAAACAAAAUUAAUUUAUUUUCGUAGCCAAAGAGCUUGUUUUAUAUAAAUAAAUUUUUAAUAAACUGUUUGUAUUUUUAACUAAUUA